GACAUCAAACAUUAUCCAUCACUGUGAUAUAAUAUGACAACAUCAUCAUUAUGAAAACAUCAUCAUUAGACUGAAAGGUACCAUUAACAUCAAAUAUCACAACAUCAUUAUCAAAACAACAUCAAACAUCAAACAUCAUCAAAAUAGAUCCACAUUAGCAAAACAGAUCAACAUUAACAUCAUCAAAACAAAUCAAACAGCAAACAUUAACAUUAACAUUAACGUCAUCAAAAACAUAUCAACAUUAACAUCAUCAAAACAGAUCAAACAUCAUCAACACAGUGAUGUUCUUCACUCAAAUCAGAUUGAAUAUCGGAUCUGUGAUGUUCUUCAAUACAUUGAUGUUCUUGAAUGUUGGAUCUGUGAUGUUCUUCAACAUAGUGAUGUUCUUGAAUGUUCUUGAAUAUCGGAUGUGUGAUAUUCGAUCGAAAUCAUCAACACAGUGAUGUUCUUCCCUCAAAUCCCUUAAAUCGAAUCCAUCAUCAAAUUCAUUAGAACAUCAGAUUCAUCAAUCGAACACCAACACCAUCGCCUCUGUUUUAUCCAUCCAUCAACAUUAUGUAUAUAUAUAAUCAAUCCCUACUAUCUCUUCCCUGCUUUUUCUCUUCUCUUCUCUGCAAUGUGUAUAUAUAUCCGACCACCAACAAUGGCGGCUCCGCCAUCAUCAACAACACCAUCAGGAUCUUGACGAAACCCUUCCAAUGUAAGAUAAAGCUUCAUCAGGAUCGAUGUUUCGAUCAUCAUCCGGGUAAGGAGGAUAAGCCUCUCAUUCUUCAAGAUCAGUCUUGUCCAUCUCCACCCAGCCCUAAGCCCAAUCUCAGUCCCAAAAAAAAAAAUCCGACCUUUCCAAUCCGCAGUUCCCUCUCUCAGAUCCGAUCGAAUUCUCUGCAAAUUCCAAACCCUUGAAACAAAAAAACAACAACAAUGGCUUCAACCUUCAGCGGCGAUGAAACGGCACCGUUCUUCGGCUUCCUCGGCGCUGCAUCUGCCCUAGUUUUCUCCUGUAUGGGGGCUGCGUAUGGGACAGCGAAGAGUGGCGUUGCAGUGGCGUCAAUGGGUGUGAUGAGACCAGAGCUUGUGAUGAAGUCGAUUGUUCCAGUGGUUAUGGCUGGUGUGUUGGGUAUCUACGGAUUGAUUAUUACUGUGAUCAUCUUUCUAAGGUAGAGAAAGGGAUGAUGAUGUUGUGAAGUUGUUUUGAUGAUGAUGUUGUUUUGAUGAUAAUGUUGUGAUGUAAAAAGAGGACUAAAUGGUGCAUAAGAAAACUUAUAGGACUAAAUGGUUUAACUUUCUACUAUAUAGGAUUU